CUGUUGGGGUGUCCUUGACCUCCUGGUUCUCACCUCACGGUGCCCCUCUGUCCACAGGUCCAUCCGUCCACCCUGACGCCAUGUACACCGCAAUCCCCACAAGCGGUUCCCCUUUCGGCCCCACCGCCUCCCGCCCGGGGCUGCACGUCUGGCGGGUGGAGAAGCUGCGGCCGGUGGAGGUUCCGGAGCGGAGCUGGGGCGUGUUCUUCUCGGGGGACGCGUACCUGGUGCUGCACAACGGCCCCGAGGAGCGGGUGCACCUGCACCUCUGGCUGGCCCGGGACUCCUCGCAGGACGAGCAGGGGGCCUGCGCCCUCCUGUCCACGCAGCUGAACGCGCUGCUGGGCGAGCGCCCCGUCACCCACCGCGAGGUGCAGGGCAACGAGUCCGACCUCUUCAUGCAGUACUUCCCGCAUGGCAUCACCUACCAGGAUGGUGGCGUGGCCUCGGCGUUCAAGACCCCGCGCCCCAGCGCCAGCCCCGGGCACCGACUCUACCAGGUGAAGGGCAGGAGGAACAUCCGGGCGAGCGAGAGGGACCUGGCCUGGAGCAGCUUCAACACCGGCGACUGCUUCAUCCUUGACCUGGGCGAGACGCUCUUGGUCUGGUGCGGCUCCGGGUGCAACGCGCUGGAGCGCAGCCGGGCGCAGGAGCUGGCCGCAGCCAUCCGGGACAGCGAGCGGCGCGGCAGAGCGCGCCUGGACAUCGUGGCUGAUGGCGAGGAGCCACCGGAGAUGCUCCAGGUGCUGGGCCCCAAACCCACCUUGCCAGAGGGCAGCCCCGAGGAGGAUGCUGUGGCCGACCAGAGCAAUGCGCGGGCAGCCGUCCUCUACAAGGUGUCAGACGCGACGGGGCGCAUGGACCUGACCCAAGUGGCUGCGAGCAGCCCCUUCAGCCAGAGCCUGCUCUGCUCCGACGACUGCUUCGUGCUGGACAACGGCGCCGGUGGGAAGGUCUACGUCUGGAAAGGGCACAAGGCCAACGAGCAGGAGCGCCAGGCGGCCCUGAGGGUGGCUGAGGAGGUGAUCGCCCGCAUGGGUCACUCGCCCCGCACGCAGGUGGAAAUCCUGCCCCAGGGCCACGAGACGCCGCUCUUCAAGCAAUUCUUCACUGGCUGGAAGUGA